UAACACCAAAGCACAUCCGUCCCCAAUUCUCGACAUAACCUGCAAAAAUAACUACAAGUUAGGUGAAAUAAACUUUAAUAUACAAAAUAUAGCAUCGGCGGUAAGGACAUUAAAAGCUAACAGUAGUUGCGGGAUAGACGAUAUACCAUCCGUCAUAUACAAAAACGGUGGUACGGAUAUGAUUGUAUUAUUACUUAGAAUAUUUAAUAUCUCACUAGUGACCGAAACCUACCCUGAAACUUGGAAAAACACAUAUAUAUUACCUAAGCAUAAAGGAGGGGCCAAAACUAGUGCAUGUAAUUAUAGGCCUAUCAAUAUAACACCAGUCAUAUCAAGGAUCAUGGAGAAAGUAAUCAAGGACCAAAUGUCAGACUACUUUCUAAAACAUAAACUCAUCAACCUGUCACAACACGGAUUCCUCAAGAAAAGAUCUUGCGUCACUUGCCAUAUAGACUUUUUCAACGAAGUCACCUAUAGAAGAGAUAGGAGAGAGCUAGUAAUUAUCCUCUAUUUCGAUAUAAGGAAAGCCUUCGACAGAGUCCCACAUAGUCUGUUAGUCGGUAGGCUAUGCUCACUAGGGAUACGCAACCCCCUCUACAAUUGGAUAAAAUCAUUUCUGUAUGACAGGAAUCAGACAACUAAAGUUGGCUCAAUGACCUCCAGACCUAGACCAAUCAGCAGUGGUGUCAUCCAGGGGAGUGUAUUGGGACCCCUUCUUUUCAUUAUAUACAUAAACAGUAUAUGUGAAUGUUUUAGUAUAGGCAAGCCAAUACUGUAUGCAGAUGACUUGAAGGUGACAUAUACCUGCACAAAUACAGAUAUCGGCCCAACUAUGAACUCCAUACAUGAAGAAUUAGCAAAAAUGGAUAGAUGGUGUGACACGUGGAGACUUGAGUUUAAUGUUGAAAAGUGUGGAUGGCUCUGCAUAGGCUGUUCCAACCUUGACCUCAACCUAGCAAUUCAGGGCCACAAAAUCCCCAGACUCAAAUCUGUACUAGACCUAGGACUGAAAUAUUCACACAAUCUAUCAUUUUCAGAGCAUAUCUCGAAUCAAGUGUCGAAAUCACGAAGGCUUAUUGGUUUCCUACUCAGGAACUUCUACAGAAACGAAUCCAGAAUACUACUGUACAAGGUUUGUGUGCGCCCACUCCUAGAUUACUGCUCAUUCAUAUUCAGUAGUACACGCAUAGAAGACAAACUGAAAGUAGAAGGAGUACAGAGGUACUUCACGCGAAAAGUACUCGGAACCGAUAACGGCACAAACUACUCUACCAGAUGUGAAAUCCUGGGACUAGAAACAUUAUGGUUAAGGCGACUGCGACUAAAUCUGGUACUCUUCUAUAAGCUUCUUAACCAAAUAGUGUAUACCCCUGCUAACUAUACUCGGUCCUCAGGUAACACAGGAUACAACCUUAGGCACACUAAAGGUACAGUGGCUAUAGAACCAUGUAAAACAGCCACCAGGCAAAAGUUUUUCUUGAUUAGGUAUGCCCAAAUAUGGAACAAACUACCUGAGAAAAUACGACUAGCAAGCACAUUGGCCUCCUUUGAAAAGGCACUUAAUGACACACUAAGUGAGUUUGUAAUUGAUACCAAUGGUAAUUCCCAUGUAAGAGUUUCAGAAAUCAUAGGCCCAUUUAAUGUAUGAACUCAGAGACUACACCUGUUGUUUGUUUUGUCUCUAUUUAUAAUUCCAGACAAAAAAGCAGCAGUCAUGACAAUAACACCCAUUCAACCAAGAGUCGAUCAAACUAUGUCUACCUGAUACAAAGGGCGAACCAUAAUCAACAUACGAAUGAAAUAUGAGAAAACAAGGUAGAAACUUACCGCAACACCACAUGAAAAGAUAAAAGUUACUUGGAUAUCAUUUAUAAUCCACCAACUGGUCUCCUACCCAAAAAGAAUGCGGCGAUGUUUUAUCCAAAAUGGCGAGGAAAUACAUAAACCCACAGCUGCUGUUGUUAACACUCAGUGGGGGUAGGAGCCAACAAAGUAAUCCUUUCAAAGCAUAUGUAUACUUCAAAUGGGCACGGAGACUUUGUAGAAUACGUCAUAAUCCAAAUCACUGCCUCUACAGCGCCAAUAAACCUGGAUAUCUAUGAUAUAACGAAAACAUGCUGAAAGCUGCAUCUCAGAUCAAGUUGAUUCAUUCGAUGGUAAUGAUCUGCUCCUGCAUGCCUUAUUCGACAUAUUGAAUGGAAUGGUCCGCGGUUAUUCUGAUACCAGAUCGAAAAGAAUAAAAAAUUCACCGGUUGCUGAAUCAAAAGUACUUCUCUGCAUGUUUAACUGUAUUCUAACUGCUAUGAUUAAUUCCAAACCAUUUAUCUCAUAAUCAAUCAAAUUCCAGGAACGAUCCAAUUCUACCAUUUGAAGACGCUGGCGAACAUGCUGUAAAUGAGUAUUCAUGAUCUGAAAUGAAGAAGCAACUGGUUUUCAAAUAGUUUUUCAACAUUUUACUCAACUUACGAGUACAGUCCGCCAUGCAGACA